AUGGCCGCUUGGCUCCCUGACAGUGGUUCCGCCAAUAACCUUCUACGAUGUAACAAUAUUUUAGAGGAAGAUUUUAGUUUAAGUGUUAAUUUGAAAGACGCUUAUCAAGUGUUUGACACAAACUUUACCGAUUUUCAAGUGCCUGAACAUGUUAAAACUGAAGCCGAAAGCGUCAUAUCUUCAGAAAAUAAAACAUAUCUCGCUGAUUCCCAAGAUAAUAGAAAACUGGAGCUGCAUAAUGAACAAGCAUCAGACAUGCAAAAGUCAAAAGUUGAAUUACCCCAAGCUAAUAUGGAUAAGGCCAAAAGAAAAGUAGAAGACAGUGGCGCAAGAUAUAAAUGUGAAUAUGAUGGCUGCGAACGAACAUACAGCACAGUUGGUAAUCUUCGGACACACAUGAAAACACAUAAAGGCGACUACAGGUUCGUGUGCCCGGUGGAGAACUGCAGCAAAGCCUUCCUCACUUCCUACAGUCUGAAGAUUCACGUACGCGCGCACACCAAGGCGAAACCGUUCGCAUGCUCCAGCGCCAACUGCAAUAAAGCCUUCAACACACUAUACAGG